CAUGGACGUCACAUGUGAGAGAAUGACCUAAACAUGAUCCUUCCAGUUAUCUGUGGGAAAAACCAGCAGAGACAACAAGUGGAGGGCAGACAGACGGCAUGACAGAGGAGAAAUGUCCCCAGCUGGUGGACUACUUUGUAGUAGCAGGUCUCGACCCUGCGGGGGACUGGAAGCCCCUGGACGAGGAUGGCAAAACCUGCAGCUCCUCCUCCACAUCCUCCUCCUCUACGUUGUCGGGCCGAGCAGUGGAGUCGGUGACGGACCUGGCGGUGAUCGCCCGUGGGCUCGGGGAGGAAGUGCCGGAGGGCUUCACCUGCAUCGAGAGGACGCUGGGCGGACACUCGGCCGAGCUGAGUGCCGGCCUCAUCAACAACCCUCACCUGUACCUGUGCUACCGCCGAGGACGGGACAAACCGCCCAUACUGGACCUCGGGGUUCUGUAUGAAGGGAAGGAGCAGCUGAAGCAGGGCUGGUACGUCAUCGAGACGACGCCCUACAGCCGCUCGGCCAGCCUGAGCUCCGGCGGCGGCCCCACAGCUCACCGGGUGUUCCUGACGUACCGGCGGGCUCUGGACUCGCAGGGCCUCCACACGCUGGGCGUCACCGACAUCGCCCUCCUGCUGCCCAGCAAAGGAGAGGUCGCCCCGCACACCUUCUGCAGAGUCGACAAGAACCUCAACACCGGCAUGGUUUACGGAGCAGCCAUCCAGUUCUACGAGUCGUUCCCCAGGGAGCUGCUGUCGGAGCGGCAGAACGUGAGGCUCGGCCUGCUCAGCGUGGUCGACCGGCGGCCGAUCACCAACCGCAGCCUGCAGGUGAAGAAGAGCAUCUGCGUCCUCUCCCACUGGCCCUUCUUCACCGUCUUCCAGAAGUUCCUCACCUUCAUCUACAGAUACUCCAUCUCCGGACCUCACGUCCUGCCGCUCGAAAAACACGUCUCCAGCUUCAUGCACAAUGUCCCGUUUCCUUCCCCACAGCGACCUCGCAUCCUCGUUCAGCUCUCUCCGUACGACAACCUGCUGCUCUGCCAGCCGGUCUCCUCUCCGCUCCCACUCAGUGGUGCGAGCUUCCUGAAGCUGCUGCAGAACCUCGGUCCAGAGAACGCCUGCACACUGCUGCUCGCCGUCCUCACUGAACACAAACUGCUGCUGCACUCACUGCGCCCCGACGUCCUCACCUCUGUCAGCGAGGCCCUCGUCUCUAUGAGUUUCCCACUGCGCUGGCUCUGUCCCUACAUCCCUCUGUGUCCGCUGCAGAUGGCCGACGUGCUGCUGGCGCCGAUGCCCUUCAUUGUAGGCGUCCACUCCAGUUACUUCGACCUGUACGACCCCCCUGCUGAUGUGGUGUGUGUCGACCUGGACACCAACACCAUCUUCCAGUCAGAGGACAAGAAGCCGUUGUCAUGGCGAUCGUUACCCAGGAAGCCCGGCAAGAUGCUGUUCAACACCCUGACUAACCUCCACAAGACCCUGGAGAAAAUUUGCACUCCCGGUCAGGAGGAGGCGACGCUGGAGUUCCUGUUGACGGACUACGAUCAGAUCUACAGGAGUCAGAAGCAGCUGGAGCUGGAGAUCCAGGAGGCGUUCCUUCGCUUCAUGAGCUGCCUGCUGCGAGGAUACAGAACCUUCCUGCUGCCCAUCACCCAGGCGCCGUCAGACACCACCACCGACUGCAGCUCCCUCUUUAACCUGCAGGGUUUCCUGAAGUCUCGUGAUCGGACGCAGCAGAAGAUCUACAGUCAGCUGACGAGGACUCAGAUGUUCACGCAGUUCAUCGAGGAGUGCUCCUUCGUCAGCGCCCGGCAUGCCUGCCUCGAGUUCUUUGACGAGUGCGUCCAGAAGGUGGACGUGGAGAAGCCGGAGGACGUGAGGCUGAUCGAUCUGGACGAGACUCACAGCGGAGAACACACCGUCUUCAUCAUGCCGCCUGAAGAACCGCAGGAACCUGACGGGUCCGAGUGCCCCGCCCUCUACAGUUAUGAAACCUUCCCCACACUGAAGCCGGAGCUGUUUGACCGGCCUCAGGACCAGCUGAGGGUCCCAGCUAAGGGCAGCGCCCCCAGCAGCCCCGCCCCCCGCCGCACCAAGCAGGAGAUCAAGUUGGCCCAGAAGCGAGCUCAGAAGUACUCCACGGUGCCGGACAUGUGGUCCAAGUGCCUGCUGGGUCACUGUUACGGCCUCUGGUUCAUCUACCUGCCCACCUUCGUGCGGGCGGAGAGCGCGAAGGUGCGCGCUCUGCACACGGCCUACGACGUCCUCAAACACAUGGAGAACCGCAAGGUGGUGCUGCCAGAUGAGGUGUGUUACAGGAUCCUGAUGCAGCUGUGCGGUCAGUACGGUCAGCCGGUCCUCGCCGUACGGGUCCUGCUGGAGAUGAAGAAGGCUGGAAUCACACCCAACACCAUCACCUACGGAUACUACAACAAGGCAGUGCUGGAGAGCAAGUGGCCGUCCACCAAUCAGGGAGGACGUCUCCGCUGGGCCAAGCUAAGGAACGUGCUGUUGGCUGUGGCCCAGUUCAGACAGCCAGUCAAACGGCGUCAGAAGAGCGGCUCUGUGUGGUCACGAGGAGAAACCAUGAUGGACUUGGAUCAGAGGCCCCGUCCCCAGUCGACUCUAAUUCGUCAGUCCAGUUGGAGCGGUCUGUCAGAAAGCUCCAGUCACGAGUCUCUGACGGGCUCGCUGGUGAAGAGCAACAGUCUGAACAGCAUGAAGGCGCCGGCUGACAAGUUGAAGCUCUGCAAGAAGACCAUCCUCCGCAAUGCAGGGACCAACGGCUGCGGUGACGCAGUCUCCCGUAAGCCUCCGAUUGGACGCAGAGACACCUCCACCCCGCCUCCGAUGCCCCCCGGUGGUGUUCUAGUGCGGCGGAAUCAAGUCUGCCUCUCCACCUUCUACAAAGAGUGUGCAGAGUCAGCCGACUCUGAGCCAGACUGCUGUCAGCCAGCAGAGAGAGACGGCAGACCUGCCGGGACUCGAGACUCAUCCGGCAGAAAUAAAGUCGUAGACGAGAACUACAACAACGUCUCCUCCCCGAGCCGAGGAGGUCUGGCAGGGAAACUCCAGCAGCUUCUCACUCCGACGAGACAUCGAGUGUCUGUUCGACGAGCCGCCAGCGUUGACGACCGGCGACCAGGAGGAGGGGGGGGAGGAGGAGGAGGGGGGAUAGGACGAAGAGUGUCUGAACAGAGGCAGUCCAGGAAAGCUCAAGUGGCAGAAACACUGCUGAAGGCCAAAGACAGGCUGGUCAGCGCUACCUCAGAGAGUUCAUUGUCUGUAGGAAGUGACCUCGACUUGACGGACACGCCCAGUCCCGCCUAUCCUCUGCGCCGGUCGUGGGACGCCAACCAAGAGGCGACGGGGCUUGAGGUGUUGAUGUCCAGCUGCUCUCUGUGUCGCAGCUGUAACUCUUUAGUCUAUGAUGAGGAGAUCAUGGCCGGCUGGACGUCGGACGACUCCAACCUGAACUCGUCCUGCCCGUUCUGCUGUGCUUCCUUCGUGCCCUUCCUGAACGCCGAGAUCUGUGACCUCGGACCUGUCAGCAGUGCGGAGCGCACCAACUGGAACGUGGAGGACGAGGUGGAGAGCGCAGUGAGGCCCCCCAGUGCUCAGGAGGCCUCCCUGCGACACCAGUGUAACGGUCUGAGUGAGGACUCCAGCUCCGAGACCAGCAGCUACUCUGAGAACAGCAGAACCACCACGGGUUCGUCAGUGGGCGGCACCCCUCAGGUGGCGGUGGCCUACCUGAGCCCUCUGGUCCUGAGGAAGGAGCUGGAGAGUCUGCUGGAGAACGAGGGCGAGGCGGUCCUGGCCCAGCCUCAGUUCCUGGACAACCACUCCAUCAUCUUCUGGAACCUGGUGUGGUACUUCCAGCGCCUCGGUCUGCCCAAUAACCUGCUGCAGCUGGUCAAAGCCUCGCCGCUGGUCAGCCAGUUCACACAGGCAGAGAACUCAGCAGUGAGGGUGAGGCUCCUCUGGGACACCCUGACCCCCGACACAGACCAGUGGCCCCCCCUCUACUUCCUCUGGAGGAUCCACAGUGGCGUCCCGAUGAGAAGCUACAGCUGGCGGAAACACAACCACCCGUUCACGCUGGCCUUCCUGGAGGAGGUGCUGCGCUGGGUCGGCAUGAACGAGGUGCACAAAGCCGUCACCCUCUUCCUGGACACACUGGCCAAACAGCCGGGCUCCGCCUGGACGCAGAGGAGUUUGUACAGAGAGUUCCUCUUCCUCACUCUGGCAGCUAUGGGCAAAGAUCACGUCGCUGCGUUCGAUAAGAAGUACAAGGCGGCGUACUCUCGGCUCAGCAGCACUCUGGGUCGAGAAGAGCUCCGCAAGAAGCGAGCUCAGCCUCCCAGCCCAAAAGCCGUCGACUGCAGACGCAGCUUCCACCCGCCACUCGAAUGCUGAUGAUCCAGGAACACAACGUCCCGCACGUCCCUGAUGACUCCCGCAGCGUUUGUCCCUGUGAGGGAGAAGAGGAGAGCCGGCAAACCCAGGAUCCCUGCUGCCUUCACCUGCUUGUAUUCUUCACCUUUCUGCUGCCGCCUGGUGGACGUCGGAGUGACGCGCUCCGUCCUGUCCUCUGUAGCUCUCUUUGCCUCGUCGAUGUGAAUCCAGCAGCUCUUUGUCUUCAUUUAAGAUCCUGAAAGUUGAUCCGGCUGUAGCAGACGGAGCUCAUCUGGACUGAAGAGCUCGUACAGGAACACACUUCUCUCACCAAGGGUUAAAACACUGAGCCGAGAGCUGUUUGUCGGUCUGUAACGUGGAGUCGUCUGAAGUCAAGAAAACUGGUGGAAGCUCAGGUUGGUGCAUGUCCAGAGGGAUCAGCUGUGUCGCUGUGAACGUUUUCUUUUUCCCUGUUUUUUUAACUACACAUCUGGAUGAUUAAAAUCAGAGCAGAGGGAAUCUUCUGCAGGACUGAAAGUUUUAGCCACAGUGAGUCAGGAUGUCAGAUUUGCUGUUCCGAGUGUGACCAAGGUUGGCAGUCAGGAUUUUAUAAGAAAAAAGGUCAAAUAAGGAUUAAAAUGCAGAGCAGAGCAUCAACACAACACGACCCGAUGAGAAGCUUCAGAGUUGAACAAGUCCAGGAAACUCCUGAUCGUCUCUCCACCCCUCUGUGUGUGUGUGUGUGUGUGUGUCUGAUUGUAAGCAUGAUCAAGGCAGCGAGGUUUGGUUUGUAAAAGGGAAAAUAAGGUCAGAAGUCAACGUUCAUUAUCAGGCAGUCGAGGAAAUCACCAGACAAGAAGCUGAAAUUUUUUAAGUCUCUGAAACUUCAAAUCUUCGGUCUGUUGGUUUUUUUUCCCAGAGGACAAAGACUCUUGGACAGUUUUAAUAUGAAGCUACAUCAAAGUUUUAAGGUUUUGAACUUUUCCCUCUGAGAUCAUGGUCGCCAAGUCGCGCUUUGGAUACUGGAACUGAGAAGACACCGCUAUCAUCCUUCAAAUCAGGAAAAACAACCAAACAAGUCGCAUCAUUUAAAGGCAACACUGCAAAUGAUUGUUUGUAUAUCAAUCACUAGAUAAAUUCAUAAAGAAAACUUUAUUGUUCUCCCAUGCCUCUACAGUGAAUGAAGACUCCAAAAACAGUGAACAUUCCUGAUUAAUUGAAGUCUUUUUUAUCCAGUCGUAAGCUCAGUACUUCACAAGCAGACGGCACUUUCUGGCGGGGAACUGAACUGAAAGUGAAAUGUAUUGAUGCUCUCUUCAAAGCCAGACUCCACCAAUGAAAACUGUAAUUUUAC